CCACUUGUUCCUUAAGACGAAAUUGGUCGGAAAAGUCUGUGAGCGGGUAAAAUAAAAAGCAACAACAGGCAUGUGCUCAUGAUUGUCCGUACGUUUUCUUCUAUAUACCGACACCAGAAUAAAAUUAAUCAUAAAUAGAAAAAUCUGUUGGAAUUUAAAAUCGUGUGUGUCUGUUUGUUGGUCUUUUGAAUAUAAACAAAAAGAACAAAAAAUAUAAAAAACACAAAAUAUUAGCUGAAAUAAAGACGACUACAAUACAAGUAAAUACAUCUUUAUUGUAGUUUAUUUUCAGCACAAAAUACAACAAAAGAAAAUUUAAGGAAAAUAAUAAAAAUAAUAUUUAUUGGUUCUCUCAGCUGCUCAUUUAAGGUUCAAGGAAACUGACGUUAAGAUGAAAUUGUCAUUUUCGAUUGCUGUCUGGAAAUACGCUCUACUAACCUUGAAUGUUUUGGUUUCGGCAUUAGGCGUAAUACUUAUAUCAGUCGGCGUAGUGACACUGGGUGGUGCUGGCUCUCCUUUGGGUGCUUAUUUAGCUACCGGGUUAGGAUCUUUAGCCUUAACACUAUGCUCCCUGGGAUGUUUUGCUUCGUUGCGCGAGUCAUAUAAUCUAUCGAUGGCAUAUUUGGGUCUUGGUGCAUUUACUGUGGUUUGUGAAACAAUUUUCAUGAUUAGUUUUGCAGCAAUGAAAAGUGAUUAUAUUGAUAUGACCAGACAGCGGGUACAGGAUACAUGGGAGCAGGAACUAAGUAGCCCUGGUGCUAUGUUUAGCAUUCAAACACAAUAUGAAUGUUGUGGCAAAGAGAGUCCUCAGGAUUAUAUUAAGGAUGAUACCAAUGAAUUGCCUUCCAGCUGUUGCAUCUUAAAGGAUUGUUCCGAUGACAAUAAUAUCUUUUCUAAAGGUUGUGAAAUUAUGGCUGUAAAAUUUAUUGACUGCCAAAGUGAUAAUCUCAUCUUGACCAUAGUAGGUCUAGUAGCUUUAGAGGCCCUAGCCAUGAUAUCUUCAUACUACUUCGCUAAAAGCUUAGAGGCCCGUGGUCAGAAAAGUGAACAAAUUGUGAUUUCCGAAUAAUUAUCUAGUAGUUGUUGUUAUUACUCGUACAAUAAUUAAAAUCAACCAAAAAUGUAGAUCGAUCAAUUGAAAAAAGUUAACUCGUUAAUUUUGUUAAUUUUAAUAAUGUUAAUUGAAUAAAGUCUUUUAUACUAUAUUCUUGUUAUAAGAGAGUAAAAAAGUUAUUUUUGUCAAAAUUAAAUACUAAAUAAAUAAAAAUAAUGACGAUGAUGAAGAUGAUGUAUCGAAAUCAAUCAGUUA